GUUUGACUCCUUGCUACCCUGGAGCUUGUCCUCCGCAGUUUCACGAGUCUUAUUGCACAUUCCAAGUGUGUUUAGGGAUCCCAGUGACAGUGCUUACUACUCUGUUUUGAUGGAGAUGAUGGGUCAACCUAGUCUGUUCUGUUGCUGCUGUGAUAAAUCAUUGCCAACUCAGUGCCUCACAACAAGGAACAUUUAUGUUUCUCCAGAUCCAUGAAGGAGUCUGAGGCAAGUCUGAAUCCUCCUCGACUCCUAGCCUCACCGAUCUUACUUCCCUGUUGGCCAACAGUGCUUUAUUUAUCAACCAAUAAAACAAACAUAUAUACAGAAGGACUUCCCCAUCAUCUGGCUGCUGGAAUUAAGAGCUUGAACUCAAGUAAAAAUGCUGUGAAAAUGGUACUGACCCCUUGGUAUACCUGUUGCAACAUGAUCCGAGACAGAGAACCCAUUGUGGGAAGUUUUCAUGUUCUUUGCAUCCUGGCCUUGAUAGUUGGAAGCCUGGUCCAGUUCUCCGAUGAACUCGAGUCUGCAGUAGACUAUUCAAACAGGAACCUUACUCAUGUCCCCAAAGAUCUGCCACCAAGAACAAAAGCCUUAAAUCUGUCUCAAAACUCUAUCCAAGAGCUUCAGAUGUCUGAUGUCAGCAUCCUGCCAGAGUUGAGGGCCCUGAGGCUCUCCCAUAACAGUAUCCAAAGACUUGAUUUCGGUGUCUUCAAGUUCAACCAUGAGUUAGAAUACCUGGAUGUCUCCCACAAUCACUUGCAAAACAUCUCUUGCUGUCCUGUGGUGAGCUUGAAGCAUUUAGACCUCUCAUUCAAUGACUUUGAUGUGUUGCCUGUAUACAAGGAGUUUGGCAACUUGACGAAGCUGAGUUUCUUGGGGUUAAGCGCUACAAAGUUCAGACAUCUGGAUCUGCUCCCAAUCGCUCACUUGCACCUAAGCUACAUUCUUCUGGGAUUAGUGGGUUAUCAUGUAAAAGACAACGAGACAGAAAGUCUUCAGGUUCUGAAUACCAAGGCUCUCCAUUUGGUCUUUCAUCCAAAUAGCUUGUUCUCUGUGCAAGUGAACAUAUCUGUGAAUGCUUUGGGAUGUUUACAACUGAGUAAUAUUAAAUUGAAUAAUGAAAGCUGUCAAACGUUAAUUACAUUUUUAUUAGAACUCACCAGAGGUCCAACCUUAUUAAAUUUGACUCUCUACCAUGUGGAAACAACCUGGAAGUGCUUGGUUGAACUUUUCCAAUUCCUUUGGCUGAGGCCGGUAGAGUACCUCAACAUUUACAACUUAACGAUAACUGAAAGCAUCCAGUAUGAAAAUUUUAAUUACUCCAAGACAGCACUGAAGGCAUUGACAAUAGAGCACAUUACAAACCAGGUUUUUAUCUUUUCAAAGGAGGCAUUGUACUCUGUGUUUGUGAAGAUGAACAUUAGGAUGCUGACCAUCGCAGACACACCUUUUAUCCAUAUGCUCUGCCCUCCAGACCCAAGCACGUUUGUGUUUCUGAACUUUACCCAGAAUGUUUUCACGGACAGUGUUUUCCAAGGCUGCUCCACCUUAAAGGGACUGCAGACACUUAUCUUACAAAAAAAUGGCUUGAAGAACCUUUUCAAGGUAGCUCUCAUGACUAAAAAUAUGACCUCUCUGGAAACUUUGGAUGUUAGUUUGAAUUCCUUGGUCUCUCAUGCAUAUGAGGGAAUAUGCUCUUGGUCUGAGAGUAUAUUGGUAUUAAAUUUGUCUUCAAAUGUACUUACUGGCUCUGUCUUCAGAUGCUUGCCUCCCAAGGUCAAGGUUCUUGACCUUCACAACAACAGAAUAAAAAGCAUUCCUCAAAAAGUCACUAAACUAGAAGCUCUACAGGAACUCAAUGUUGCAUCCAAUUCUUUAAUGGACCUUCCUGGAUGUGGGGCCUUCAGCAGCCUUUCUGUGCUGGUCAUCGAGCAUAAUUCAGUUUCCCAUCCCUCAGCAGGUUUCUUCCAGAGCUGUCAGAAGAUCAGGUCCAUAACUGCGGGGAACAACCCAUUCCAAUGUACAUGUGAGCUGAGAGAAUUUGUCAAAAACUUAGGCCAAGUAUCAGGAGAAGUGGUAGAGGGCUGGCCAGAUUCUUACACAUGUGACUCCCCAGAAAGUGUUAAGGGGACCCCACUGCAGGACUUCCAUAUGUCUCCAUUGUCCUGUGAUACUGUCCUGCUGAUUGUCACCAUCGGGGCCACUUUGCUGGUGCUGGCUGUCAUUGUGGCUUUCCUCUGCUGCUGCUUUGAUCUGCCCUGGUAUCUAAGGAUGAUGUGUCAGUGGACACAGACCCGGCACAGGGCCAGGAAAAUCCCCAUAAAAGAACUCCAGAGGAAUCUCCAGUUCCAUGCUUUUGUCUCAUACAGUGAGCAUGAUUCUGCCUGGGUGAAGAAUGAAUUACUACCAAACCUAGAGAAAGAUGACAUACGGGUUUGCCUCCACGAGAGGCAUUUUAUCCCUGGCAAGAGCAUCGUGGAGAAUAUCAUACAUUUCAUCGAGAAGAGCUACAAAUCCAUCUUUGUGUUGUCUCCCCACUUCAUCCAGAGUGAGUGGUGCCAUUAUGAACUCUACUUUGCCCACCACAAUCUCUUCCACAAAGGAUCCGAUAACUUAAUCCUGAUCUUGCUGGAACCCAUUCCGCAGAACAACAUUCCCAGUAGGUACCACAAGCUUCGGGCUCUCAUGGCACGGAGGACUUAUUUGGAAUGGCCUACAGAGAAGAGCAAACAUGGACUCUUUUGGGCCAACCUUAGAGCUUCUUUUAUUACAAAGUUAGCAUUAGUCGAUGAGGAGGAUGUGAAAACUUGAAGCUUGCAUUUCCAACUUAGUAAGCUGUCAACUUGAACUCUGAUGAGCAUUGUGGUUUUAGGUACCUAUCUGGAGGUACUUCUGCUAUGGUGUCCUAGUUUGGGUUCUGUGACUGUGAUAAGCAACAUGACCAAAAGCAUCUUGUGUGAGAGAAAGGGUUUCUUUUGGCUUAUGGUUGCAGUAUAUCAUGAAGGGAAGUCAGGGAAGGAACUCAAAGUGGGAGUCUAGAGGCAGGAAUUGAAGCAGAGGCCGUGGAAGAGUGCUGCUUUCAGCCUUGCUCUCUGCAUCUUGUUCAGUGUGCUUUCUUGUAGCACUGAGGACCACCUACCCAGGGGUGACACUGCCCACAAUGCUCUGGACCCUCCCACACCAAUAUGAAUUAGGAAAAUGCCCCAUAAGCUUGCCUGCAGUCUGAUUGAGACAUUUUCUCAGUUGAAGUUCUUUCUUCCCCAAUGUGACCCUUAGCUUGUGUCAAGUGACAAAACAAAACAAAAAACUAACACAUAUGUGUUGGAGAUAAAAUAUCCCCAAAGGUUUGUGCUUGAAGGCCUUGAGGAAAAAUCUGAUGGUGCUAUUUCUAGGUAGUUUAUGAAGGUACUAACUACAUCAAUGGGCUUAAUCAAUUCUGAGUUCACUGCUGAUUGGACAAUUAGGAUGGGGCCCUAACUGUAGGAAGUAGGUCAUUAGGGACAUGGCUUUAAAGGCUAUAUUUUCUUCAUGACUUGUUUUUCUUAUUGUUCUUAAGUCAGCGUCUCACCUUAUGUAGUUCAGAUAGUCCUUGAGUUCAGUGUGACCCUUGUGCCUCAGCCUCCCAAGCUCUGGCAUUAUAGGAUGAACUACCACAAGCUUAGGAGUGUGCUCUCUCUGUCUCCCCAACUCCCUACUCUCUGUUUCCUCAUCACCAUAUGUGAACAACCCCUCAUCACAUGCCCCCACUGCCAUGAUACUCUGCAUGGCCUCAGGUCCCAAAGCCAGAGGCUCAGAUGAACCUGGACUGAAGCCAUGAGCACUUUCUCCUUUGUUUACAUGAGGUCUUCAGUCACAGUGGCACAAAGCUGAUAGACACAGCUUCUAUCUCUUUCAUGUCUUUGACAGAAGAGUUGGUGAAGGUCUUGAUGCCACUGAGCUUUGGGAUGAGGUUGAGGGAUGGGUGUGGCACACAUUCUGUUAGACAGAGGCAGCUCAGUCUCAUCUGGCUUAGCUAUCUGCUCUCAUGUUGACACUGUCCUUUUUAAGUAAAUACUCCAUCAUUCAUAGAGAGGUCCCUCUUCCUCCUCCUUUCCCAGAUGGAUUCAGUAUGAGAACACACACAAGAAAGAGGGCAAUAGUAUAGUCAGUCCUCAAAGAGUCCUAUAGCUCUUUGCUGGCCUUCAGCUGAGCUUUACCUUCCUGUGUGUGUGUGUGUGUGUGUGUGUGUGUGUGUGUAUAGGUAGAUUGGUAAAAGUUUAUUAACAACAGUUUGUCAGUAGGCAUAAAGACCUGACGCAUGUUCACAGGUUUAGAGGGGGGGGGAACAUCUCCACUGAUGCUACAAAAUUGUGGUGGGGUUAUUGUUGACUUGAUUUUUUUUCUUUUCACUUCUUUUUAUGUUCUGAUUUUUCUUAGUAAAUGUUUUAUUUGGAUAAUAAAAGAUUGAAAUUAUUAAGGACUUUUGAGAAAAACAUAGUUAUAAAUAUUUGAUUUUGUUGUAAGAAAGAACUUUUGAAAUAUCAAAGUAGUAGGGCAUAUGCCUUUAAUCCUGUCCUUGGAAAGUAGAAGACAGAUCAACCAACCUGGUCUACACAGUAAGAC